GAAAGAAAGGAGAGAAAGAGAGAGAGGGGCAAGGAAAAGCCACUCCUGUGGCCCAGACCCCUGGCCAGGGCUCAGAAGGCUGGGCAGCAUGUGGGAACUCCGAUCCAUAGCCUUCUCCCGGGCCGUGUUGGCUGAAUUCCUGGCCACGCUCCUUUUCGUUUUCUUUGGCCUUGGCUCAGCCCUCCAGUGGGCCAGCUCCCCGCCGUCUGUGCUUCAGAUUGCUGUGGCCUUUGGCCUGGGCAUUGGCACCUUGGUUCAAGCUCUGGGCCAUGUCAGCGGGGCCCACAUCAACCCUGCUGUGACUGUGGCCUGCCUAGUGGGCUGCCAUGUCUCCUUCCUUCGAGCUGCCUUCUAUGUGGCUGCCCAGCUGCUGGGGGCUGUGGUCGGGGCUGCGAUACUCCAUGAGAUUACUCCAGUAGAAAUCCGCGGGGAACUGGCUGUCAACGCUCUCCACAACAACGCGACAGCAGGCCAGGCGGUGACCGUGGAGCUUUUCCUGACCCUGCAGCUGGUGAUCUGCAUCUUUGCUUCCACUGAUGAGCGGCGUGGUGACAACCUGGGCAGCCCUGCUCUCUCCAUUGGUUUCUCUGUAACCCUGGGCCACCUCCUUGGAAUCUACUUCACAGGCUGCUCCAUGAACCCAGCACGCUCCCUGGCUCCAGCAGUCGUCACGGGCAAGUUUGAUGACCACUGGGUCUUCUGGAUCGGACCCCUGGUGGGCGCUAUUCUGGGCUCCCUCCUCUACAACUACCUGCUGUUCCCCUCGGCCAAGAGCCUGCAGGAGCGCCUGGCAGUGCUCAAGGGCCUAGAGCCCGACACUGAUUGGGAGGAGCGCGAGGUGCGGCGGAGGCAGUCGGUGGAGCUCCACUCCCCGCAGAGCCUGCCGCGUGGGAGCAAAGCCUGAGCGCCCCGCCCCGCACCAUCCCGCACGGCAGCGUACCGCAGCGCAGUCAGCGACCGCCCGCCCCUUCCCUCCCCCGGCGCACCGUCCGCCCCCGGUGCAGCGUGGCUGCUCCAGCGCCCGCAAGCGCGGUGAGCCUCAAGAAGGGGCUCUCCCGGGAACCUGGCAGCACCCCCACCCCGAAGUCUUGGCCCCAGCGACCAUCCGGCUCACCUCUUGCAGGGAACCAGGAACUUGGGGAAACAAGCCACUGGGGAGGGAAAGCAGGCGGGCGGGAGAAGGAGAGCUCUGGAGAGCCCGCACCUGGUGCAGGGGGAAACGUGGGUAGAGACCACCUUGGGGGCCUGUGGUUGGUAUCUGGUUUUGUUCAGGUGUAAAAGUGCUCGUCCAUCUCCGCGUGCUUCUCUCCUCACGUGCAGGGUCUGCACGUGCCUGAGUGUGACCCUGAAUGCCCAUGGUGAUACAGGGCCGGGAUUUCUCAUUCCCGCUUUGGCCGCCCACUCUGGCACCUGCAAUAAAUCCACUUUCUCCGCUAUGGAAGAGUCCUCCUAGCAAGUCAGUUCCAGGAAGGAGUGGGGAGCUGGUUUCCAACCUCAUCCUCGACCCUCUGGGAAGACUCUACCAAAUUAACAGUCCUCGGCCCAAAGACUUGCCAGGACUCAUUGCUGGAAGGAGCCUGUCAACUAGAGAACAAGUCCCCUAGACAUAACCUCUGGGGAAGGGAGGACUGGGUAUCCAAGGACUCCUUUUCUACCCCAAGGGAGGGCUCUUCAACGGGGAGAGGGUGUUGCUUGACUCUCUUCCCCAGGGAGCCCCCCCCAAAGAUUAGUCUACCACUUGGGCAAAGAAAACAAAAGCCAUCCAUCGGGCCGCAGCUUUUGUCCUGAGAGGGGAGAUUUGCAAUUAGAUACUGCAUGAAAGGAGACACUCGGUUUCGCAAGGGAGCCCGGGAGCCUGGCACACAGCACAUGCCUAUGGCUGGCAAGGCAAGGUGCUCAGGCAUGCAACCACAGGCACCAAGCAACACCCCUCGGUCACUUGUUGCCCCUCCCCCGCAGGAAUCUCUGUUCCCUCUUGUCUUUCCUCCCUCCCUGCCCUGUGCUCCACGCUCCGCUCGGCCAGCUCUCACAGCCUGACGCUUACUGUGUGGACCUUGCAGUCUGCGCUCUCCUGGAUCAGAGGAAGGAAGUGACUGGACCAGGCAGGGGCGGGUCCAGAAUCUGGAACCCAGACUUCUAAACCAGAGCAGGGCAGCGGCUCUCAGAUGAGAUUAAACUGGGAUUAAGUAAGACUAUGCAUAUAAAGAUGCCCGGUGAACUGUGAUUCUAUUAUCACAUAUUAUUAGGCUCAUUUUCUUUAUCGCCGCCUUCUCCAGGAGGGGAAGGCAGAAAAGCCAGACCUCUAGCUUUCUCUACUUCGUGUAAUUGGUAGUUAGAGCAAACGGGAGCCCUGGGGCCCCAAGGUCCAGACAGAAGGAGCCAGGUUUGGCGCUGGCCGCUUCCUGGUCCAGGCUCUGAGCUUUCCUCAUUGCCUGCGCACUGGCUGGCUUCCACCUUCUCCCUCUGCCACCCUUCCUCUCUCUGCAUCCACUAACUAAUCCAAGGCUCACGCCUGGCGCCUCUUCUCCAUGUGGUCAUUCCACACUCUCAAGGCUUCUGAUUUCAUCUGUCCACAGCACCAGCCUCACUCCAACACGCCAUUCACCACGUGACCAGAUCAAAACAAAAUCUCUAUAGCUGUGACCUUUGUGUCUGCCUGACCAAACUUCUCAUUGGAGGCAAGAAGAGGCUCAUUGGACUUGCACGCUGUGGGAAGGACCCUCCCAUACUCCAACAGCUGCUGAGAGUGACUUGACCUCGUGGCUUCCAAAGAGUGGCGUCAGUGACCUCUGGGGCUGCCUCUCGGUCAUUGCCCUGAAAGCUCAAAGGAUUUAGGAACCCCAUGCCCACUCCACUUACCCCAACGCACCCCUCUUGAAGGUCAAGGAUGUAUCUGGACCACUUCCUGAGUCACACCGCCCCAAAACUGAAGCCUAAAUGAUAGGAGAAUCAGGGAAUAAGAGUGACACGUGUCUCUGUGUCCCAGCACCAGGGCUGGCCACUUCCUAUGUCUUAACUCAUCUAUGGAGACCUUCCAACAGUUCAGGAAGGGUCACAGUCCCCAGCCAUGUAAGGCUUUACUGUUUCCACACAAUCCCCUCAACAUUCCAACCUUGUGAAAUAGGCAGAGCAAAUGCUCCUUCUCCCACUUGAUUCUAGAACUGAGGCCCUAAGGCUGGCCCAAAGACACACAGGUAAUACACAGCAGAGCCAAGACUUGAACCCAGGCUGUUUUACACAAGAUCCCACAUCUUUCCACUGAGACAAGCCCCAAUCUCUUCCUGAGAGCCCCUGACCAAAAUCAGAACACUCAGCCCAGUCCAAGUCUCCAUCAUGUAGUGGACAGGUCUUGAAGUGGGUGGUGAGUGGGUCAGAGGAAAUGCCACAAGGACUCAUGGGUGGUUUCUGCCCUUGAAGAGCACCCAGUCAAGAAGGUGGAGGUCAGACACACCCAAACUAGACAGACACAGCACAGCAUAGAGGCAGGUGAGCAGACUUGCAGGUCCCCAAGCUGGGGACACACACAGCUCUGGACUGUCCCGGUGGCAUCCUCCCCCUUUCCCAUUUUGUGCAGAAUGACUUCAUCCCUCCAAAAGUUGCUUUGACGUUGUGUCUACAAGCUGUGGCCCUGAAGGUACGCCACGCCCACAGGAAGAAUGUAAGCCCCUCGGAGGCAAGGCAGUCUC